AUGGUACCGGAGUGUGAUACUUCUUGCAAGCUUUCUGUUGUGCAGAAGUUUGACACCUUAGAGGAUGGGGUACAAUUCUAUAAGCGUUACGCGAUGGUGGUGGGGUUUGAUGUUAGGCAAAGCACGGUCAAGAAAAGUACGACUGGCGAGGUCGAUGUCAGGUAUUUGGUUUGUAGUCGGCAGGGCUUCAAGAAAGGUGUUCUACAAGGGGCCAAACCAAUAUGUGGUAAGGAUAGGGGACCUAAAACUACAAGUAGGCGCAGGACCUCGAAUAGGGUGGGGUGUCUUGCCAGGGUGGGAUUCAGGAGGGUGCAGGAUGGGGGGUUUAUUGUGUCUAUUCUAGAAGAAAGGCAUAACCACGCGUUGUGCUCGGGGAACUCGAAGACAUUCUUAAAGGUGAACCGAAAAUUAGAUCCGGGGCUGCAGACUUUCAUUGUCAAUUGCAUAUGGGCCAACAUAGGUCCAGUACGAUGUUUCCAUUUGUACAAGGAAUUCGUGGGUGGAUACAACAAUGUAGGGGCAACGUGUGCCGAGUUUUAUAAUUUUAAGCGUGACUUUCAAGCGUAUAUUCACGAUGCAGAUACUCAGUUGUUGGUUCAGAAAUUGGCUAAUAAAAAAGAGGUUCACAGUGAUUUCUACUACGCGUUUGACAUUGAUUCCGAUAAUAGGAUGGCACGUUUGUUCUGGGCAGAUCGUGUAGGCCGUAGCCAGUUCGCUAGGUUCGGCGAUGUGAUAUGUUUUGACGCCACUUAUCGCAUAAACAAGUACAGUCUAGUAUUUGUCCCGUUCACCGGAGUGGAUAAUCACAAGCGUUGUGUCACAUUUGCCGCGGGACUACUAACAAAGGAAGAUACCGAAUCAUAUGUGUGGCUCUUACAACAAUUCAAGGAGACAAUGGGUCAUUCUCCACGGUGCAUUGUAACAGACUAG